GGUCCGCUCCAAUAGCAGACGCGUUCUGCGGCCAGCUGGUGCUCGCAGUGCGGAGUGCGCGGUGCACGCUGGGAGUGGCGCUGGACAGAGGCAGAGCCGGGUAUUGGGGGACAUGCUGCACCCCUCAUCUGUAUAGGGGACACCUCCGGAGUGCAUUGUUAUUGACUCUCCAAUAUGGAUCAUCGGUCAGGACUGAUGGGGUACUUUGUUGGGACGUUGUGCUUCCUUCUGGUACUGUCCAACAUCAGCGCUGCCAAGCAAGAGCCGUGCAUGACUUGUAUGAACUUGGUCAACAAUUUUGUUAGGGGCAUCGAGAAGACUGCUGGACAUAACUUUGGUGGAGGCAACACAGCCUGGGAGGAGAAAAAGCUCGCCAAAUAUGAAUUCAGUGAGACGCGCCUGGUGGAGGUGAUAGAAAGCGCUUGCGAUCAGUCCGACUUUGAGUGUAACAAAAUGCUGGAGGUGAAUGAGGAGCAUCUGGAGACUUGGUGGUUCAAGAGACCGAAGGAUCCCAAUGGCCUCUUUGAGUGGCUUUGUAUGGAAACUCUGAAGUUGUGCUGUCCUCCAGGCACUUUCGGCAUCGACUGUACACCUUGCCCAGGGGGCACAGAGAAGCCCUGCGGCGGACACGGCAAAUGCGAUGGCUCUGGGACACGAUCUGGCUCAGGAAGCUGCGACUGUUACCCUUCCUAUGGUGGCCCGCUCUGCCAGGACUGCGCUAUCAGUUAUUACGAGCAAUCCCGAAACGAGAGCCACCUGGUAUGUUCGGAGUGCCACAAGGGAUGCAACAAGUGUCAGGGCCCGGAGGAAGAUCAGUGCGUCUUGUGCAAGAAGGGCUGGAUGCUGCAUGAAAAAAAAUGCAUUGAUGUCGAUGAAUGUGGCACUUUGGAUCGCUGUAAAUCAAACCAGUAUUGUCUGAAUACAGAUGGGUCCUAUGAAUGUCGAGAGUGUGACAAAUCCUGCAUUGGCUGCAUGGGAGCUGGUUCUUCUCGAUGCAAGAAGUGUAACGCUGGGUAUUACCGGGAUGGGGCCCGAUGUCUGGACAUCGAUGAGUGUGACAGCGAGUUACCCAAGUGCAAAGGCUCACAUGAGGAGUGCGUGAACACGGAGGGCAGCUACAACUGCGUGUGCGAGAAGGAUUACGCCAGAGUGGAUGGCAUGUGCAGAACUACCAAUCAAGACGAUUCUGAGAAAGGCCUGUUUGAUGACAUCACAGAUGACGAAGUGGUGGUCCUGCAGCAGAUGUUCUUUGGAGUUGUGAUCUGUGCUCUGGCCACACUGGCAGCCAAGGGAGACAUGGUCUUCACCGCCAUCUUCAUCGGGGCAUUGGCCGCCAUGGCUGGAUAUUGGUUCUCCGAAAAAAGCGACCGAGUCUUGGACGGCUUCCUGAAAGGCAGAUAGCUCCUCAGCGAUGGGGAUACAGACGUGCGAUGGAGGGAAUUUAUGUGUACAGUGCUUCUCCUCCCUGCUUUACAAGUGGGCACCAAAGAGUUUGUAUCGCCCCCCCUGCUUUGAAGCAGAGCAUCCUUAUCAAGCCUUUAAACUAGGCUGAUCUUAGGAUAAGCAAAUUAUGUCCUCUUUUAGUAUAAAAGACCCCCCUCCCCAAGUACAGUUUGAAGCAUUAUCAUCCUGGAAGUCCGCAACUAGUGGAUGAAAAUAGAAGGCGAAUAUUAUUUCUAAGCCUGAGAAGUUUUAUGGUUAAGAAAAUAUGAACCUUUUGUAUGUCCACUUUACCUGCAAAGGCCUUGGCUAGGAUUUCCUGGCUAAUAAGGAGCUUUACAUGGAGCCUGACAGCUCGGCAUAGGAGUCGGGUGCUUCCUCCAAAGCACAACCGGGCCAAGCUGUCCAGAAACUUAUAAUUUAGCACAUUGUGUACCUUUUAUGAACAUGCUGAGCAACUCCUUGAAAAGGAAUAUUCUUUAUGGUGUGUGUGGGGUCCUUACAUAUGCCUGUGUGGUUUUUGCGGUCAUCUGCUGGGCAAAAAAGUCUAACUAUGUUUGCCCUUCUUACAGCCUGUGCUAUGGACAGUCCAGCAAUGCUGCUAUAGAUU